CGGGCGCGGGCUGCGUUCCGGGCCCGUAAGUAAAAUGGCGGCUGUUUGGCUUCGCCUUGGUAACCCUGCCCCUGUCAGGCGGGGCGGGUGAGCCCCGUGCAGGGGGAGGGAGGGGAGAGCGGACGCCAUUUUCCCAGAGAGAGGCAGUGACAUAGAAGGGAGCGUAGGAGGCUGGAGGGAGGGAGGCACGGGAGCAGCGGCGGCAGCAGCGGGGUUUGUACACAGGUCCCAGGGCAAGGGCGCCUCUGAGCUGGUCCCUGUAGGGUUCUGCGCACUGAGCUAGGUUUGGGGGGAGGGGGGGUUUCCUCUUUCCCUUUUCUUUCUUUUACUAGAGCCUGCUGAGGGCUGAGUCCUGUCUAGGGUAGGGAUAUCCGCAGUGGGGCUGUUGCAUUGUUUUGGUUGGGAUAGAGAAGGGGCUCAGCUGAGGGGUCCUGCUGCCUGGCCUGUGACCAUUACAGUCCCAUAUUUUGUCUAACUUCCACUGAGAGAAGAAAAGGAGUGAAGAGAGAGAAGAGGGUUUGUGGAUGCACUUAGAUGUUUGCAAUGAGCACUGUGGCUGGCAUGCCCCAGUGUUUUGGAUACCAAUGCAUAGGACUCCGUAGUAAUCGAAUUUAUCAGAAACGAACGUCAUGAGCAUAGUGAUCCCAUUGGGGGUUGACACAGCAGAUACUUCUUAUUUGGAAAUGGCUGCAGGCUCAGAACCAGAAUCUGUAGAAGCUAGCCCUGUGGUAGUUGAAAAAUCGAACAGUUAUCCGCACCAGUUGUAUACCAGCAGCUCGCAUUCACACAGUUACAUUGGUUUGCCCUAUGCAGACCAUAACUAUGGUGCUCGGCCUCCUCCAACGCCUCCAGCUUCUCCUCCUCCAUCAGUGCUUAUAAGCAAGAAUGAAGUAGGCAUAUUUACCACUCCCAACUUUGAUGAAACCUCCAGUGCUACUACCAUCAGUACGUCAGAGGAUGGAAGCUAUGGAACUGAUAUUACCAGAUGCAUUUGUGGCUUUACACAUGAUGAUGGAUAUAUGAUCUGUUGUGACAAAUGCAGUGUCUGGCAGCACAUUGACUGUAUGGGGAUUGACAGACAGCAUAUUCCUGACAUAUAUCUGUGUGAACGUUGUCAACCCAGGAGUUUAGAUAAAGAAAGGGCAGUGUUGUUGCAACGAAGGAAAAGGGAAAAUAUGUCAGAUGGGGAUACCAGCGCAACAGAGAGUGGUGAUGAGGUUCCUGUGGAACUGUAUACUGCUUUUCAACAUACACCAACGACAAUUACUUUAACUGCUACAAGAGUUACAAAAGUCAAUGAUAAGAAGAGGAAAAAAAGUGGGGAGAAAGAACAGACCAUAGCAAAAUGUAAAAAAGCAUUUCGAGAAGGAUCCAGGAAAUCUUCACGAGUAAAGGGUUCAGCUCCAGAGAUUGAUCCUACUGACACUUCGAACUUCGGGUGGGAAAAUAAAAUCAAGGCAUGGAUGGAUCGUUAUGAAGAAGCAAAUAAUAACCAGUACAGUGAAGGUGUCCAGAGGGAGGCACAAAAAAUAGCUCUGAGAUUAGGCAAUGGAAAUGACAAAAAAGAAGUCAGCACCAGCAAUUUGAUUUUCAAACCUCCAGUAGAGAGUUACAUACAAAAAAACAAGAAAAUUUUAAAAGCUGCCAAAGACCUGCCUCCCGAUGCACUUAUUAUUGAAUACAGAGGAAAGUUCAUGCUGAGAGAACAAUUUGAAGCUAAUGGAUAUUUCUUUAAAAGGCCCUACCCAUUUGUUUUAUUUUAUUCCAAAUUCCAUGGGCUAGAAAUGUGUGUUGAUGCAAGGACUUUUGGGAAUGAAGCUCGAUUUAUCAGGCGUUCAUGUACACCAAAUGCAGAGGUGAGGCACGUAAUUGAAGAUGGAACAAUUCAUCUUUAUAUUUACUCCAUCCAUAACAUUCCAAAGGGAGCAGAGAUUACCAUAGCAUUUGAUUUUGAUUAUGGAAAUUGUAAAUACAAAGUGGAUUGUGCUUGCCUCAAAGAAAAUCCUGAAUGUCCAGUUCUCAGACGUUCUGAGCCUACAGAAAACAUCAAUACUGGAUAUGAAACCAGAAGGAAAAAGGGAAAGAAGGAGAAAGAUGUUUCAAGAGAAAAGGAGACUCAAAAUCAGAACAUCACACUGGACUGUGAAGGAGCAGCCACCAAAAUGAAAAUCACAGAUAAUAAGCAGAGAAAGCUCUCUCCUCUCAGGCUGUCCAUUUCUAAUAAUCAGGAGCCAGAUUUUAUUGAUGAUAUAGAAGAAAAAACUCCCAUUAGCAAUGAAGUAGAAAUGGAAUCAGAGGAGCAGAUUGCAGAAAGGAAAAGGAAGAUGACAAGAGAAGAACGGAAAAUGGAAGCUAUCCUGCAAGCUUUUGCCAGACUAGAAAAACGAGAAAAAAGAAGAGAACAGGCUUUGGAAAGAAUCAGCACAGCAAAAACUGAGGUUAAAUCGGAAUGCAAGGAAGCACAGAUUCUCAAUGAUGCUGAAUUUAUUCAGGAACCUGCAAAAGAAGAAACUGCCACCAAGCCUACCCCAGCCAAAGUUAAUAGAGCUAAACAGAGAAAAAGCUUCUCACGGAGUAGGACUCACAUUGGACAGCAGCGCAGACGGCACAGAACUGUCAGCAUGUGUUCAGAUAUCCAGCCAUCUUCUCCUGACGUGGAAGUAACUUCACAGCAUAAUGAAACUGAGAAUGCUGCACUGGUAGCUGAACCUGAAGCCGAAACUGUUGUUACAGAAAUGGUUACUGAAACAGAAGCCCCAGCACUUAGUAAAUGCCCUACUAAGUAUCCUAAAACAAAGAAGCACUUGGUCAGUGAAUGGUUAAGUGAAAAGAGUGAUAAAGCAGGGAAACCUACAGACAGUCUACCAGAAAGGCCUCUACGCAUAACUACAGACCCUGAAGUUCUGGCUACUCAGCUGAAUUCUUUACCUGGUCUCACUUACAGUCCACAUGUUUAUUCAACUCCAAAGCACUAUAUUCGUUUUACUUCACCAUUCCUUUCAGAAAAAAGGAGGAAAAAAGAACCUGUGGAAAACAUUACUGGCUCUUGUAAGAAGCGUUGGUUGAAGCAGGCUCUGGAAGAAGAAAAUUCAACAAUGAUUGAUAGAUUUAAUUCACCAUCACAAGAGAGAUCUAGAAGUCCAGCCAUCAAUGGUGAACAUAAAAGUCCUCUAUUACUGAAUGACAGCUGUUCCUUAACAGAUCUAACCACACCACUGAAAAAGCGAAGACUGUAUCAGCUGUUGGAGUCUGCAUUCUCAGAAACCUCCACACCUACUCCUUCUCCCUAUGCCACACCAACCCAUGCUGACAUCACUGCCUCCGAGCCAUCCUUGUUUGCUACUCCUCCUAGGGUAAAAACAGAAGAUGAAGCUUGUAGAAAUGGUUACAAACCCAUAUAUUCACCAGUUACUCCUGUAACUCCAUGUAUACAUGGAAAUACCAUGCACUUUGAGAAUAUUUCCUCACCUGACAGUUCCCCAGAAAUAAAAAGGAGAGCUUACAGUCAAGAGGGUUAUGACAGAGCAUCGAUUCUAGCACUGAAUUCUUUCAGAAAUUCCAGCCUGACAGAAAUGGGCCUGCAAGAAAUAAAGACUAUUGGAUAUUCUAGUCCAAGGAAUAGGACUGAUGUCACACGGCAGUGCACUGGAGAAAUGGAAUCUGUGUCAGACCUCCAGCUGGGACUCGAAGUAAUUGAGCAAAGUGCACUGCAUAAAAACCUGGAAGCCCCCACACAUGAUAGGACUGAUGCAAACAGCCAACUAGAAACUGCUCAUUGUGGACGGGGCACAGUUUAUUCUUCCUGGGUAAAAAGUCCUGACAGGACAGGUGUAAAUUUCUCAAUGAAUUCUAAUUUGAGGGACUUGACCCCUUCACAUCAGUUGGAGGUAGGAGGUGGAUUCAGAAUAAGCGAGUCCAAGUGCCCAAUUCAAGAUGAUGGAAGAGGCAUGUUCAUGGAAGCAUCUGUUUUUUGUACUUCAGAAGAUGGAAUUGCACCUGGCUUUGGAAGGACUGUCAAUAACGACAAUAUGAUGGAUGGAAAUUGCACACCCCAGAAUCCUCCACAAAAGAAAAAGGUGUCCUUGUUAGAAUACCGUAAGAGACAACGAGAAGCUCGAAAAAGUGGCUCAAAGACAGACAGCUUUCCCCUGGUUACUGUAUCUCCUCAUGCUGCUGGUGGAGGAAAUACAAGUAAUAACAAUGGUGCUAAUGAUGGGUAUAACAACAGUGGUGAAAAUGGGGAGCAAACUGAUAACACUGCAAGCCUGCCUUUACCACUGCCAGCUACUGUUUAUAAUGCAGCUCCAGAGGACAAUGGCAACAACUGUGCAAUUAAGGAAUCUUCCUCCAGUGAGAAGAAUGAACCAGAAGUUCAGUGGACUGCAUCAACCUCUGUGGAACAAGUAAGAGAACGAAGUUAUCAGAGAGCUUUACUUCUCAGUGAUCAUAGGAAAGACAAGGACAGUGGGGGAGAAUCAUCUUGUAGGCCAUGCUCACCGUCUCAUGUUCAGUCUCCAUCUCAUUCAAAUCUCAUUUCCCAGUUGCAGCUUAAGGUCCCUUCUUUGACUGAAUUUAUGGAAGAGCCUGAUUCUGAAAAUCCAGAGCCAACUUCUGAAUGUCCGUCCCCAGAUUCUUCACAAAGGACUUGUAAGAGUCCGUCAAAAGCAAGCAAGCCCUCUUCACCGAAUCCUGUAGUUUCAACGCAGUCGCUUGGGAAAACACCCACAAAACCAGAUUCGCACUGGGAAACUGCAGCUAAUGCACCUGAGACCGAAUGUGCGAACCAUCCAAAAUCUGAGCUGCAACAAAAACAGCUGACAAACAACGUCCAAGCACUUUCAAAGAAUCAUCCAUCUCAAUCACAUCUGCGCAGUUCUGCUGAGCAACUCUCACAUUCACAGAAGUUGCCUUCUGCACCUUUGAAGCUGCAUUGCCCCCCUUCGCCUCAUGUAGAAAAUCCUCCCAAGUCUUCUACCCCUCACGCGCCUGUGCAGCACGGUUAUCUGUCACCAAAGCCUCACUCACAGCAGUUGGGAUCUCCAUACAGACCUCAUCAUCCACAGUCACCUCAAGUUGGAACACCCCAGAGGGAAACACACCGAACCUUCUAUCCGGCAGCACCGACCCUUCAGCCCAGUAAUCAGCCACAGGCGAGCGGGCCCCUGUUCACUCAGACAACAUCAGGACAAUCCUCAGCUUCUUACAGUCAGUUUAACCAACAAAAUUUGAACAGCAAUGCGCCACCUCCCCCACCCCCUCCACCCCCUUCUUCUACUUACUAUCAAAGCCAGCAGCCCUCUGGAAACUUUCAGAGCUACAGCCAGCUGAAGGGCAGCAUACCCCAACAGACUGUGUUUUCAUCUGGACCAAAUCAAGCACUUCCUGGCACUGCAGGUCAGCAAACAGUGCCGGGACACCACGUAGCUGCAGGGCAUUUUCUGCCGUCUCAGAACCCCAGUAUUCAUCACCAGGCAUCGGCAUCCGCUGCUCCGCCGCCGCCUCCACCACCGCCUGCGCCAGGGCCUCACCUUGUCCAGCAGCAAAGUACUCAUCAGCAGCACUCUGUAGCACAUGUUGUCGGUCCGGUCCAUGCCAUGGCAGUGGCUCCUGGAUCGCACAUUCAUUCUCAAGCUGCUGGUCACCAUUUGCCACCACCUCCUCCGCCACCAGGUCCUCUCCCCCACCACCAACCUCCCCAUCCUUCAACGGGACACCAAGGUUUGCAAGCACAACACCAGCAUGUUGUAAACUCGGCACCUCCCCCCCCUCCCCCCCCUCCCUCCAACGUUAUCGGUUCGGGCCACCACCCGGCAUCAGCACAAGGGUUACACCACCCCUCUCAUCAAGGACCCCCCCAUUUCCCUUCAAAUGCUCACACAAGCGUGUCCUCCUAUUCCUCGCAAGCCCCACAUCACACGACGUUAGGACCUGGACCUCAACAUCAGCCUGCUGGCACAGGACCUCAUUGCCCACUCCCUGGUCAGGGUCCUCACAUCCAACCUCAAGGACCAAACAGUAUUGCAACACCUACUGCUUCCGGGUUCUGCCCUCACCCCGGCUCCGUGACCCUUCCCCACGGAGUGCAAGGGCAGCAGCAGGCCUCGCCGGUGCCGGGACAGAUCCCCAUCCACAGAGCACAGGACGGUGCUCAAUGGCUCCACCUCAGAACCAGAGAGGAGAACCAGUGUGGGAGGAAACCUGAAACGGGAUAGGAGGGGAAGUGGCUGCUCCUACUCACUGAAAAAAGUGCACCUUGACCAGGCUGAGACUCAUUGCUGAUGAAGGACAGCACACAGCAAGCUUGAGGUCCUCAAAGGAGACGAAUAUGUCCGAUGUCAAAACCAAGAAACCAUUCCUACAGCAGACAGCACGUUAUACCUGGACUCCACUGAUGUUUCCUGCUGUCUCCACUCUCCCACACACAACAGACUCAUACACAGGCUCACACUGUGGGCAAAGAACACUGCAGGCCUUUCCUUCUUCAUCAGCCAGUGAACCCAAGUUUUACAAAAUCUGCUCCGAUCCCAUGACAGAAGUCUCAGAAACACAGGCCUUGCUCCAUGGUACUUGCCAACAAUGCAGCAGAGCAGCGAUUCAUUCCUAACCAAGCAGAGCAGGGAGGUUUGGCACUCAGGGAUUCUGCUCCGUCUCCCAGGUAAACACCCCCAGGAGGCUUGGUCUGAAUCCUUCCUGAGAAGGAAGCACCUGCUGCUGCCCACGUCUCCUUCAACCAACCACUGAGACAAGUGGUGGCAGCAGCUGCAGGAUCUGAGUUCUCACAGAGGGGGGGAGUUGUACAUCUGGCCAACCUGGCAACGUGUCUCAGACCAAAGCAGAGGCGAGCACCUGUCUGCCAUUAAAACCAGCAGUAUUACCCAGGUCUGCCCACAGCUCAUCUGGCAUGAUGGGGAAGACUCUUCAGUUUCCUGCUCCUUCACUGCGUAGGAAUGAGGCCUAAAGCCAUGAGAUGGACCAUGAGGUAUGUGAUGAAAGGAUUACCAUGGAUUACCAGGUUAUCAGGCCAGAUGACCCUUACUGCUGCAAUCAGCUGGGUGGAAGAGGGACUGAGGUGUCACUUUGUGCAAGACCCGCAGCCUUUGUAAUUGAGGCUCUUGAUAUCCCUUGUUUACGUAUGACAUGGCUGCCCCCCCACCAUUUAUGAUGGCAAUAGCAGGGAAUUUGACUAUGGUAUCGCCUCCACUUCUACCAAAAGGAUCAAUCUGACAUUUGAAAUCCUCUGUGAGGAGGAUGAGACAAGUCAAUGGGCUCGCUCAUCUCUCUAUCCCAAAGCAGAGACACCCGUCUACUAAGAUUUGUGCUUCUGACUGUGUUGGAGCAUACCCAGGAACACUUGUACGCAGUGCUUGCUAUACACUUAUAUUUUGUACAUCUAGUACAUUUAUCACCAGCAAUCUCACAACAACCUAUAGCUUGUUGUUUCAAUAAACUAUACUUGUCACAAAUCUGCAUUUGUGAAAGUUCUUACUGAACACAACCAGACUUAAGAGCGCCUGAUCUGUUCUAAGCAGUAACAAAUCCCAGCUGCACCCAGCCCUCUGAUCUCUGAGGACCAGAUGGAACACAAGGGCAGUUGUUUUCUGACAUAUUUCUAUACUCUUAAGGCAAGCCAUGGCCAUCUCCCUUCUUCUCAGGCGUAUGUCUGACCCAGACAGUCUCCACGUGACACAGCAAAAAACUUGAGGCCUAAAGCCAUGAGAUGGACCAUGAGAUAUGUGAUGAAGGGAUUACCAUGGAUUACCAGGUUAUCCUGGUAAUAACCAUGGUACCAGGUUACCCUGUGGUGUUUCUGCAAUGUCCCCUGAACUGCUGAGGAGAGUGAUGGGGUCUCACCCACAACGGGAGGCUGAACAUGGCUCCUCCACAUCUUCACAAGCUCACUAUGCCAUCUGGUAAGGGGGCAUGCAGGCCAUACUGUAUUUAAGCAAAGUGGUCUGCCAGCUUGGUGGUUAUGCGUGGCUGUAACCUACUGCCCAUAAAAUGCUAUCAGACAUCAGCUCGCAGUCAGAGUCUCUGUACAUCCCUGUGGCUAGAGAAGUUCCAGGGCAGGAGAAGAAACCUGUGUCAGACUGCCCAAGAGUCUGAGCAUCUCAGUGCAAUGGAACAAAACCCCCAAAGGCUCAGCAGGCCACAUAUCUGCUGGCUCAGCCCUCAGCAGAAGGUCCUACAGGGUAAGGUGCCUGAAAAGGCAGCUCUCCAGCCCCUGUCACCAGGUCCCCAAAAGUGCAAGUCUGCAAAUGAUCCAUCACUUGCAAGUGAACAAAAAUCCUGCUGGUAAGAGAAACUCAGGAUGUGCUACCCACAGCUGGCCCACUGUCCUCUUUCCAUCUCACAGGGCAGCAGGGUUUCUGAGAGGGGACUGUAAGCAGAGGCUGCGUUCUCCUGUUUUAUGUCUGAACAUUUACAGCACAAAUGUGUCCCAUCAGUACCUGCCAGUCAAACACAAAAAGGCUCCACUUUGGGCCCACAACUGUCCCACAGUAUGAACGUACAGGAAGGACAGUACAUCUCAGAGCAGCAUAUUCAUUUCCAGCCUCACUCUCAGCCCUUUAAAUCUUUGUGCAACUCUGAAACUUAACUGCUGAAAAUCUUACCUUUUGGAAGGUUUCCAAAAGGUAAGACUACUGGUGACUACUUAUAAGAACAGGUAGUAAAUUAUGUAAGCACAGACUCAAAUACUGCCUAAAAGCAAUAGAAAACAGUGACUUAU